AGGAUGGCUAGAUUGGCUUCAAAGACAAGCAAAAAUCAAAUCAAAGCGGAAAAAGGUCCUUUUCUCCUUUCUGAUCCGAGAUCCCACUACUAUUUUUCUUAUUAUAGCCUGGAGCUUGGAGCUGCUACCAUUAUCCUCCUAAGCCUCGGCCUCAGCCUCAACCAAGCACAUGCCAUGCCAUGCCAUGCAUUGCUUAAUUUGCUACGGCCCUUCUCCAACAACAAUUGCCUACACUACUACUGACUGUUACCUUCUUGAUAAUUAAUCUUCACACACAUACAGAGAGACUGAGAGGGAGACAAUUAAUUUAAUAUUAUUGUAGCCAUGACAGUCAUCCGGUUGCUUCUCUUUCUAGCUUUCUUCUCUGCAGGAGGAAUUCACCUCAUCUCCUCAGUUACAGAUCCUCACGAUGCCGCUGCUCUCCAAUCUCUAAAGGACUCAUGGCAAAAUACACCACCGACUUGGGAAGAAUCAGAUGAUCCUUGUGGAGCAUCCUGGGAAGGAGUCACCUGCAACAAUUCAAGGGUCAUUGCAUUGGGAUUAUCAACCAUGGGAUUGAAAGGGAAACUCAGUGGUGACAUUGGGGGACUCACUGAAUUAAGAUCCUUGGACUUGUCCUUCAACAGAGGACUCACAGGUUCCCUCUCUCCACGGUUGGGAGAUUUGCAAAAGCUAAAUAUCUUAAUUCUAGCUGGCUGCAGCUUCAGUGGUGAUAUUCCAGAUGAGUUGGGCAAUCUUGCAGAGCUGUCCUUCCUGGCUCUCAACUCGAACAACUUCACUGGUAAGAUACCUCCAUCAUUGGGUAAACUCUCCAAACUCUACUGGCUGGAUCUGGCAGAUAAUCAGUUGACAGGACACCUCCCAAUAUCAACCUCCACUACCCCAGGCUUGGAUCUCCUUCUCAAGGCUAAACACUUCCAUUUCAACAAGAACCAGCUUUCAGGUAUCAUUCCAGCCAAACUUUUCAGCUCUGAGAUGGUAUUGAUACACAUUUUGUUUGAUGGAAAUCAAUUUUCUGGAAGUAUCCCAUCAACAUUAGCACUUGUGCAGACUCUUGAGGUUCUUCGGCUUGAUAGAAAUGCUCUGACAGGAAAUGUCCCAUCAAAUCUCAACAACCUUACAAACAUCAAUGAAUUGAAUUUAGCCCACAAUAAUCUGACAGGCCCUUUACCAAACUUAUCUCAAAUGAACUCCCUCAAUUAUGUGGACCUUAGUAACAACUUGUUUGACUCAUCAGAAGCUCCCAUUUGGUUCUCAACCUUACAAUCUCUCACCACUCUAGUUAUGGAAUAUGGAUCACUUCAAGGGCCUGUUCCACAAAAACUCUUUAGCUUUCCACAGAUACAGCAAGUGAAAUUGAGGAGCAAUGCAUUUAAUGACACAUUGAACAUAGGUGAAAACAUUAGCCCACAAUUGCAGCUUGUUGAUUUGCAAAACAACCAGAUUUCCUCAGUAACAUUGAGUUCAAGUUACACAAAUACAUUAAUACUAAUAGGAAACCCAGUGUGUACCACUGCUCUCUCCAAUACUAACUACUGCCAGCUUCAGCAACAAACUACAAAGCCUUAUUCUACCAGCCUGGCUAAUUGUGGAAGUAAAUUAUGUCCCCUUGAUCAGAAGCUUAGUCCUCAGAGUUGUGAAUGUGACUAUCCAUAUGAAGGGACAUUAUACUUCAGAGGACCUUUUUUCAGGGAACUGUCCAAUGUGAAUAUGUUUCAUUCACUGGAAAUGAGCCUGUGGGUGAAACUGGGCCUCACUCCCGGUUCAGUUUCUCUUCAAAAUCCCUUCUUCAAUAAUGACGACUAUCUUCAAGUACAACUGGCGCUCUUUCCACCAACAGGAAAAUAUUUUAAUAGGUCAGAGAUACAGAGAAUUGGGUUUGAAUUGAGUAAUCAAACUUAUAAGCCACCUCCAGAGUUUGGACCCUAUUAUUUUAUUGCAUCUCCAUAUGCUUUCCCAGCCACACAUGGAGGAACUUCUGUUAGCACUGGUGUAAUAGCUGGGAUAGCAAUUGGCUGUGCCAUUUUGGUUCUGGGGCUCAUGGGAGUAGGCACAUAUGCUAUUCAACAAAAGAAACGUGCAGAAAAAGCCAUUGGAUUAAGUAAACCAUUUGCUUCCUGGGCACCAAGUGGCAAAGAUAGUGGGGGUGCACCACAAUUAAAGGGAGCAAGAUGGUUCUCUUAUGAUGAACUCAAAAAGUGCACCAAUAAUUUCUCUGAAAGUAAUGAGAUAGGAUCCGGAGGCUAUGGCAAGGUUUAUAGAGGGAUGCUCUCUGAUGGACAAGUUGUGGCAAUCAAAAGAGCUCAGCACGGAUCAAUGCAGGGUGGACUUGAGUUCAAGAAUGAAAUUGAGAUGCUUUCUCGAGUUCAUCACAAGAAUCUCGUUGGACUUGUGGGUUUUUGUUUUGAACAAGGAGAGCAGAUGCUGGUCUACGAAUUUAUGCCAAAUGGAGCUCUUAGGGAGAGCUUGUCAGGGAGAUCUGGCAUUCAUCUUGAUUGGAAGAGAAGACUCCGCAUUGCUCUUGGCUCAGCUAGAGGACUAGCUUACCUGCAUGAGCUUGCUAAUCCUCCUAUAAUCCACAGAGAUGUUAAGUCCACCAAUAUUCUGUUGGAUGAAAACUUAACAGCAAAGGUUGCAGAUUUUGGCUUGUCUAAGCUGGUAUCAGACAGUUCAAAAGGGCAUGUUUCAACUCAAGUUAAAGGCACGCUGGGCUAUUUGGAUCCUGAAUACUACAUGACGCAACAGUUAACUGAGAAGAGUGACGUGUACAGUUUUGGAGUGGUUAUGCUUGAACUGGUAACAGCCAAGCAACCGAUUGAGAAAGGAAAGUACAUUGUCCGUGAGGUGCGAAUGGUGAUGGAUAAGUAUGAUGAAGAGCACUAUGGCUUGAGGGACAUGAUUGAUUCAUCCAUUAUAAACACGGCUAGUCUUUUAGGGUUUGGGAGGUUCUUGGAGUUGGCCAUGCAAUGCGUUGAAGAUUCAGCUGCAGACCGUCCUACAAUGAGUGAAGUGGUAAAGACACUUGAGACUAUUUUACAUAACGAUGGGAUGACUACAAACUCAACGUCCGCAUCCUCAUCCGCCACUGACUUUGGAGCUUCAAAUGGCGCCUGUAAGCAUCCUUACAAUGAUACUUUACCAAAAAAGAAUAUUAUUAGUGACAGCAAUGCCAAUGCCUUUGAUUACAGUGGUGGAUACACACUUUCAGCGAAAGUCGAACCCAAGUAGCACAUACGGUUUCUGUUCUACGUUUUUCUCUUCAUUUUGCUUUUCACAGAUUGAAGCGUCAUAUGUUCACAAAUAUUUGUUUGCAUAUUGAUAUGGGAAAAAUUUAGAAGACUUGAACGUUGGCUUUGUUACUACUCGACCAACCUUCUAAAUUGUUGAUUAUGUAGAUGUAGUUAUAGAGUUUAGUAUUUUAUUCUUA